AUGUCUACCAUGUUAGGCAUAUAUGAUUUUGAAGUAUGUAACAGAGAGGUAAUGUUCCUGGCUUUUAAUCGAGAUAUCUGGGUUCGAGCAAAACCAGAGUCUAGUGACGCUAGAACGUGUACUGACAGUGUAUAUGAAUUGCAGUGCGACAAUGGUAAAUGCGUUCCACGGUCUGUCCGAUGUGAUUAUUUCAACAAUUGUGAUGACGGGUCAGAUCAGAGGGUUGGAGCACCUUCAUACUGCCCAUAUAGAAGGAAAGAAACGACAUCAGCCGGUACAUAUAUUUGGUGGAUAAUAUUGGCUCUCAUCGGUGGCUACCUGCUAUCAUACAUCUUGUAUUGGUUAUGUUGGCGUCCUGGCUACAUUCCUUGGCGCCUCGCCUGCUGUCGCAACUUCUGCAAGCAAUGUUUUGUAGGUUGUUGUAGGACGUGUUGCUCCAAAUGCAAGUGUAGAGGAUGUCUUCGACGAUUUGGACGGACAUGUCGGCGGUGUUGUCAAGGACGGAAAGCACGUUCCAAAAAUCAAAACGGCUCUGAGGAGAGUUUUAUAAGAAAUGACCAGAAGAACAGGGGAAAGGAAGGAGGAAAGGAAGGAGAUUGGGCAGGCAUGAGUCUGAUAACAAGAAGUGGAAAAGGAAGGGAUAAACAACACGAUGAAAAUAUUGGUGCCAUGUUUGGUGACCAUGACUAUUUCAAUGGCGACGGAGGACAUGUGAGGGAAAGCAGAUGAAAAACAAAAUUUUAAAGAUUAUACAUUUUAAAAGAAAUUUCUUCUUGCAAACUCGCACACUUGGUUGUAGAGCAUUGGUAUGGCCGAUGAUGGCGUGAUGAAUUGCACUCAUUUCAAGCAUCAUGAGCUUGCGGUCACUGUUUGCCGACAUACAACGUUCUGAUGAACUGUUACUGGUAGAAUCGUAAAAAAAAUAAUAUGUUGCUCGUAUUCAACAUUUUAAUAAUCAUCUAUACUAUCAUAAUCAUAUAACUUAUAUUUCACUGUUGACAAUGUGAAUUGGUGUGAAUAUAAUUA